GGAGAUGUGGAGUGUGUGUCUGUGAGAGAGAGGCAGAAAGAGAGAGGCAGAAAGCCCAACUGUCUCCUGGUCUUGAGCUGCUUGACUGAGAUGAUGGCAGGACUUCUGAUCUUUGUGUGUGUAACGCUGUCCAUAUUUCAAACUUCACUAUCACAGACAGACUCCAGUCCCGUGGUGUCGGUGAGGAAUGGGACUCUUCGGGGUGCCUCCAUGACUGUGAAAGGCUCCGAUAAGCAGGUGCAGCAGUAUUUGGGGAUCCCCUUUGCCCGACCCCCUCUGGGACCCCUGCGUCUGUCUGAACCCCAGCCUGCAGAGUCCUGGGAGGGAGAGAGAGACGCCACCCAGCAGCCGCCCAUGUGUCUGCAAGAUCCAGACAUUGUACGAAAGAUGUCAGAAAACGUGCGCAUGGAGUUCAGUAUUCCCCCCGUAUCUGAGGACUGUCUGUACCUCAAUGUUUACACUCCUGUGAAAUCCACAGAUGGAGAGAAACUACCCGUGUUUGUUUGGAUCCAUGGUGGUGGGUACCGGUUCGGAGCGGCCUCCCAGUAUGAUGGGUCCGCCCUGGCUGCCUAUGAGAAUGUGAUUGUGGUUAUUGUUCAGUAUCGUCUUGGAAUCGUAGGAUUCUUCAGCACUGGCGAUAAACAGGCGUGGGGAAACUGGGGCCUCCUGGACCAGAUAGCUGCUCUCCAGUGGGUGCAGGAGAACAUCGAGAGCUUCGGAGGAGACCCCAACUCUGUCACCAUCGCUGGAGAGUCAGCGGGUGGGAUGAGCACCUCUUUCCUGGUUCUGUCUCCUCUUGCUAAAGGACUGUUCCAUCGAGCUGUACUUCAAAGUGGAACUGCAACAGUGGCUGGCUUUUCCACCAAUACCCCAAGGGUUUUUUCGAAGAUGGUGGCCAAUGCAUCAGAAUGUGAUGGCAGCUCAUCAGAGGUGCUGGUUCAGUGCCUUAGACAGAAAUCCCAGGAGGAGCUGAUCAGUAUCAUGAAAAAAAAAAACCCUGCAAGAGCCACAGUCGAUGGGAUAUUUUUGACAGCCCCAGCAGAAGAGGUUUUGAAAAGCAAAGACUUCCUGAAAGUCCCUAUUCUUAUAGGUGUAACUAAUCACGAGGUUGGAUGGUCAAUAGCCAAGAGUUCUCUACCGAAAGGAUGGGAGCAGGGCAUGAGUCGAGCAAUGCUGAUGGGAGCACUGACAAGGUUCUAUCCUGAGAGGAUGGCCUCCGGACUAUAUGCGAUCAUUGCAGAUGAGUAUCUGAAGGAUGCCAAAACACCAGAGGAAAUCCGAGAUGCCAGCCUUGAACUUCUGAGUGAUAUAUUCAUUGUGAUGCCAACCAUCACUGUGGCUACCUAUCACAGAGAUGCUGGAGUGCAUGUGUACCUGUAUGAGUUCCAGCACAGACCAGAGAUGUACAAGGACAGCAGACCCAGCUUUGUGAAGGCUGACCACGCGGACGACAUUGGGUUUGUGUUUGGGGCCUGCUUCUGGAAUGGACACAUUAAACUCAAUAGCUCAACCACAGAGGAGGAGAAUCACCUGUGCAGGACAGUCAUGUCCUAUUGGGCCAACUUUGCUCGGACUGGCUCUCCUAAUGGGCCUGGCCUGGUGCACUGGCCUCUCUAUGAUGACAGCAACAAAUACCUGAACCUGAACCCACAGCAGAGUGAGGGGCAGGACCUGAAGAAGGACAGAGUGCAGUUCUUUAAUACCGAUCUGCCCCAGAGACUCGCCGCAAUGCAAACAGCACAGUAAUAUGGCCACCAGCCUGAUUUGUUAUUGUUACUCCAUCCCGACUGUGCUUCUGUAGAACUACUUGUGUUAGAGAGAUCAAUAGCGUAUAUGGCAGCCAAUCAGACAAGUUGUGCCUGGUUUGUAAGUGUUGUAAUCUGAUCUGGAAAUCCUGUAAUCCUUGCAAAAAAAACAAACAGCUAAAUCAUGGGCUGAUUACUGUG